AUGGAGGCUAUAGAACAAGCUGGGUUAAAGGUAGCCACAGAUCCCACUGGCAAAGGCUGUGAAAAACUGGCAGCUUUUCUUAAUGAACCUGUUCAUAUGUGGAAGAAUGAUUCUUUUAUUGCUGCAUUCCCAUCUCCAAAGGUUUACAUCACUUAUGGAAUUAACUUCCCUGAGGUGCCUGCUAUUGGCUGCCAAUGGUUCUCUUCCCCUUUGUUGGAUGGGACUUGCUUCGCUGAGCAAAUAUCUUCUUCAAGAACCUUUUGCAUUUAUGAAGAGGUGGAGCGAUUGCGUGAUGCAGGACUCAUUAAAGGGGGUUCAACAGAAAAUGCUAUUGUGUGUAGUGGCAGUAGAGGUUGGUUGAAUCCACCACUGCGUUACCAUGAUGAGCCUUGUCGACACAAGGCUCUGGAUCUUAUUGGCGACCUAUCUCUUUUUGCACGAAGUGGUAGUCAGGGGCUUCCAGUGGCGCACAUAAUUGUUUACAAGGCAUGUUCCUUCUCUGGUGGUCAUGCACUGCAUGCUGAAUUUGUUCGAUCACUAGAGUUGAACCGGAAAAGUGACUGCUGGUUGUCAAAAAGCCGGUAG